AUGGCGGUGGAGCAUCUACCUUGCGAUCUGCUGGCCUACCAGCUGGAUCAAAUCGACCUUCUGCGGGCGAUGUUUCCUGAGCAAGACGAACUCAGUACAGACGAGCAGAACCAGCAAUUGAUCUCGAGUUUGAGACAAUGGUGUGAGGGCGUUGAGGCUGCGAAGCCGGCAAGGGUUCCGGAAGCUGUUUCGUUCACACUCGCCCUGCAAGUUUUGCGUGAGGUCGGGGAGGCGAGGUCUAUCUCUAUGUACAUCCAAGUACCACUGACACGAGACAACACAGCUCCAGAAGCUCCACCGCUAAAAAUUAGAGUCCGACAACCAGAUUGGCUGACGAAGGCGGAGCUCGCCCAGGUCAUAAAUGGCAUGCCACAGGAGGAUGCCUUGUCUGCCAUCGAGCAUGUCAGAGAGCAGGCGAGCGACUAUCUCACAUUACGCCAGGAGUCGAGCAUUUCCAUAACGAAGGCAUCUUCGCAGCCGAUCGUGCGAGUCUGGUUCUACUUCCCAUCCAUUGGCACACGCGAGAAAAGAGAUGAUAUAGUGAAGUACGGGCCCAGCUAUGGACUUUCUGGCUUUCUGCUUGCAGGAAAGCCGGGAAUUCUCUGCCUCGAAGGCGGUGCACAAGACAUUGAUGACUACAUGAAGUUUAUCAAGACGGAGUCAUGGGGCGACAUUCCCAGUCAGCACAAAAAGGUCUCGGAGCGACACCGUGAGACUCAAGAUGUUGUGAGAGCUUUCGAAGGAAUGCAAGAAAUCACAGAUCAGCUGGAGAAGAGAGGAGAAAGAUCGAAUCGCGGAGACAUGAAAGCCCUCGAAUCGUGGCUCGUCGAACGAGGCCUGAGAAUGGCAUUUGAAAGAGUAUUGAUGUGAUGGACCACGAAUGUUACAUUCAAAACUGGGUAUCAGAAGCUGCCAUGCAUGGGAAAACCAAACUUUCGGCGACCAGGAGCAAAGGUCCGUGGUCGCGCUGGAAAGAUAAUCAUUCUGAAUCGCUCUCGAGAGAUCCUUCGCUCUUCUUGUCGCUGUCAUCACUAUCAGUCAGGGCUCUGUCGCUCCACUCGUCCAUCAGAGAAUCGGCCCUCUUGUCCGUUGUGGUAAAUGCAGGCGAACCGGCUCUCUUCUCGGUUAUGGUCAGAACAACCGAAUUGUUCUUUCUCUCUGCCACAACCUGAAGGCCACUGAGCGAUGGAUGUGUCUCGAUCAGGGCGCGAAAACCACCUUUCACACUAGCAGCCUCAAAGCCUUUGGCUCUCAAUAUGCUCGUUGCAACCCGGGAUGUGUCGCCGUCAUAGCAAAGACAAAGCAGCUUUCGACCUGCAAAUUGGGACUGCAAGAACGAUUGGCUGAAUAGAGAUUCAAGCUCUGUCCACUGCCUGGAUAAAGUCUCCGGUGCGUAAAAAGGGCUUGGGCUUGAGCUGUCGAGAGUGUCCAACGGGACAUGAAGCGAGGAGGGGAAAUGAAAUUCUCGGAAAUCUGCUAGCCGGCGAAGAUCAAGAACAAGUUCGUCUCGUAAUGGCAGAGCGGUAGACGGCGAAAGCUCCCAUGCUUCAUCGUACCGGUACUUGUCGACCUUGGUGAGGUACUCGUUGGUGAUCGGCGGGAAUGCUUCCUGUCCAAGCUUAUCGAAGUAUUCUCCGAGGUAUUGGUAAGGCAGGUCACAGCAGAGGAACACCGCAUGGACUAGACCAUCGUCGCUCCGAAGUCGUGUGAGUGUGCUCUCUUGCUUGCGCUUCUCUAGAAGAUUGAAGAGACCUUGCAAGUUGAAGCCAGAGGAAGGCCCGCACACCAGUCCGUUUCGGCAGAGCUGCAGGGAUAAUGAGAAAGAGUCGAAGGAGCCCACAUGCUCUACAUGGUCAACUGCUUGCUUCCAAGGGAAUUCGACGGGCGCCAAUAGAGCAUAUGAUCUCGGACCAGGCACACGAUCACCGGCUGCUGUGCAUACACCAAGACGGAAGACGCUUGGUUUACUCCGUUUGAAGAAUGUGCCUAAUCCCGUCAUUGUCCCAGACGUACCCAUUCCAGCACAGAUGAUACUGAUGUGCGGCAACUGUUGUAGGAUUUGACGUUGUUCGCAGGAUGACACGACAUCAUCUUGGCGUAAAUUCGGACGCCAUGGUCGUAGUAUGGAUUGAGGUGUGGAGGAAGCUCGACCAGUGGCAGCGGUGGCGCUGAUUCAGGAUUGAAGUAUUUCUUCAACGAGUCGGUGCCUGUAUACACAUUGAGGGGAUUGAUGCUUGCCAUGA